GAUCGUAGAAUGGCUGAAUGAAGCAACAAUGGGCUCCAACGAAGUCAAACUCGCUAACCUGACUAAAAUUCAAGAAUACUUAAUCAACAAAAGCCCCCAGCUGAUGACUACUUACCUGAAUGAAGUCCUGCAAUUUUGUUCAGACCGUAGUGCUGAUGUCAGGAAAACCGUAGCUGGUUUUAUCGAAGAAGCUGGGGACAAAACUCCAGACAGAAUUCCCCAGAUGUUAACCCCACUUCUACGGCUUAUAAGCGACGAGGUAGCCGCAGUAUCAAAACGCGCUGUCCGUGCGAGUAGUAGAAUUCUCCGCGCGGCCUUAAAGUGGAUCGUCAGCAGUAGCUCUGCCGUGGUAACCCCGGAAAUGGAGACCGCGUGGAACCAGCUGAGUUCCUUGAAGGCUCACAUAAUAAAAAUGAUCGACAGUGAUAACGACGGAAUCCGUACGCAAGCGGUUAAAUUCCUCGAAGGCGUAGUCUUGCUCCAGACACACGUGGACCCCGACUCACCAAAGCGCCCCGACGAUUUUUCCCUGGAAGACGUUCCGUUGACCCUGAAAAUCGCUCGUCGUCGCAAGCUUGAAGAGGAAGCGAACCAGGUGAUGGAUUCGCUGAUAAAGUUCCACGGCUCGCCCCACGUAAGUAGUGUUAAUUUGAUGGCAUGCAUGGGAAGUCUCGCAGUAAUAGCUAAAAUGCGUCCGCAAUUCAUGACGAAAGUUAUCGAAGCGCUGCAGCGCCUUCAGAGCGAUUUGCCCCCGACUUUAUCCGACUCUCAGGUGACUAGUGUCCAGAAGCAGCUGAAGACAACAUUACUCGCUUUGAUGAAGCACCCAGCGAGUAUCGAGCACGUGCAGACUAUCGUCAAGCAGCUGACGCAGCUGGGAGCCAAGGAGCAGGACAUCAUGAAGGCUUAUCCCAAGCCUGAAGACAUUCGUCGAAUGAAAAAGCGGCAAGCAGAGGCCGCUGCUGCUGCGAGCGCCGCCAAGCGCGCUAAAUUGGAAACAAUUAUACCUACCAUCCCAGUAGAAGACCCAGAGCCGGAAGUUUUGCCGGUUAUUGUCAAGCCAGAGCUUAUUGAACUGUCCGAGAGCUUUAUUGCUGAAAGAUUGAGCGUAGAAAUUGCAACUGAUUUAGUUCUUGAUAGCAUGACCUGGGUUCCAGACACAAUGACUGCUAUUUUCGCGAGGGAAUAUCAACCAAGUGUGUCUCCAGAUUUGCAAGAGCAGCGCCAAGUCGUGGCUAAGCUUCUGGCUGCUCAAAUUAAGCAAGCCAAGGCUAAAAAGAUCAAAAACAAAGAUGAUGACGCUGUUAUGGAAGAUUUAAUUAAAAACCCGACUAUCACAGUCGCUGAAGCCAAGCGCGAGCGGAAGCGCGAGAAAGACCGCGAGAAGGAAAAAGAAGCCAAGGCUGUUCUUGAAGCGGAAAAGAGUCUUGCUAAGCGCAGCAGAGUCAAAGUUUUGAAACUCGCUGAAGUUACUAAGCCCAUGUCGAGAGACGCGAAGGAAAAAAUGUUGCUAAUGGCGGUUAAUCGGAUUCUCAGAGCUGAAAAGAGCGCGAUUUUCGGAGGAGUUGCUUCAGCGAGAUCUAAAAUUUUAACAACCCUUGCUGCAACUUUCAAGCCUCAUAUCAGAGAAGCGGUAUUGCGUUACAUCUCCGAGGACAUACGAACGAGGCUAGAUCUGGCAUUAAGCUGGCUCUAUGAAGAGUUCGCACUGCUCCAGGGCUUCCAGAGACGGACCACUUUGAGCAGUACCCCUCACGAAGCUCCCAAACAGGCUUACAAUUUUGUGCUGUGCACUCUGGUGUCGGCUAUUGACAUCAUCCAGGGCAAAGAUCGGGACUUGCUGUUAUCCAGAUUGUACUUUGAAGCUCCGCUUAUUACUGACGACGCUAUCGAAGCACUGAAGACAAUUUCCGGUGAUGAAACACGGGGCUUAGCUCCUUUGAAUCUUCUUAAAGAAAUGGUGAUCCGCCGACCUACCAAGCAGCUGGUUUUAUUGAACGUUCUACUCUGUCACACUGGUCAUGAAAAAGGGCUAAUUCGCGAACAGUCGAUUAAUUUAGUCGUUGAGCUCUACAGCCGCCCUGAAUUGAGUAAACUAAUAGAAGAGUACGCUGUUAUGUACCUUGGGUUCUUGAGACUUCCUAACCCACCGGAAAUAGUUUUUGGUUCAGACCGUGGAAGGGAGACAGUUGAGCAACUGUGGUCAGAAUCUACCACUAGAGCUUGUUUGAGUCUUUACUUAGCUUUGCUGGAGAAGCACCAGGACUUGAUCCACGAGCUGGCAAGAGUUUACACUUCCAUGCCGCCAGAUGUCAAGAGAAUGGUGCUGAGAUUGGUGGAGAACCCGGUCAGGUCUUUAGGAAUGGCUAGUCCUCAGUUGUUAGCGCUUGUAGAAAAUUGUCCGAAGGGCGCAGAGACCCUGAUCACUAGAAUCAUCCACAUUUUAACCGAGAGGUCGCCACCUAGCGCUGAAUUAGUUUCUAGAGUCCGCGAACUUUAUCAGACUCGCGUUUCUGAUGUUAGAUUCUUGAUUCCGGUUUUGAAUGGACUGACCAAGCAGGAAGUAAUUGCUGCGCUGCCUAAACUUAUCAAGCUAAAUAAUAUUGUUGUUAAGGAAGUGUUCAACCGGCUCUUGGGAACUCUUAACGACACCGGAGUUUCUCAUACUUCUCCGCUGACUCCCGCUGAAUUGUUGAUAGCCUUGCACAAUAUCGACUCCAACAAGGCGGAACUGAUGAAUGUGAUCAAGGCAACUACCUUGUGCUUCGCGGAAAAACAGGUCUUUACUCAGGAAACUCUCGCGGUUGUCAUCCAGCACCUGGUCGAAAUUAACCCACUGCCUACCUUGCUGAUGAGAACUGUUCUUCAGAGCUUGUCUUCGUACCCCGGACUCAGCGGGUUUGUGAUGAAUAUUCUGCAGAGAUUGAUUAUGAAGCAGGUGUGGAAGUUCCCCAAAGUUUGGGAAGGCUUUGUUAAAUGCUGCCAGAAGUUGCAGCCCCAGAGCUUCGUGGUGGUUCUUCAGCUACCGCCUCAACAACUUGCUGAUGCUUUCAAAAUGUCCUCCGGGUUGAAGGAACGAUUGGUAAGUCAUAUUGAGCAGUUUACUGAAAAUCAGAAGGCGCAUAUUUCUUCGGGGAUUAUGGAUGUUAUUCAAGGGAAGCAGAUGGUGGAUUUACAUGAUGACUUUGAUAUUGCUCCGCCUGGGGAUUUUUCUGUGGAAGGUAAAAGUGAAGAGACUCCUGCUGCUGAUCCUUCGGAACCUGCGCCUCCUGGAAUGGAUUGA